ACUACCAGCAGCAGCAGCAGGAGCAGGAGCGGCAGCAGUACUACUGCAGUACUGCACUCUCCCCCACACACGCUAAAAAGUUUGCAGCGUGGAGCUCUUCAGCUCCCCGCGUGGAAGGAAAAAAAUAAAGUUGGCUACGUCAACACGACCAUUGGGCCGGUGAACUCAUUUUAUCGGAACUGAAAGCUACUCAAUGGAAAGAGGUGGGGGGGGGGGGGCAACGGGGGAAGUCGUCACAGCAAGUGAAGCGCAGUGAUUGAGCGCUUGUUGAAAAAUGUGAGCGGAAGACUUUCGAUAUGAACGCAAACAUUUGGAUGUCGCCUCGGAUCUUCCUGGCUUCGGGUUGGCUUCUGCGUGUUCGGGGAUGUGUGCGAGCGCCGCCAAGGUUCUGCUGCUCUUGCCGCUGCUUCUCGCCGGCGCCCUGGCGCUGGGCUCCGAGCUGAGGGUUCGGGUCCGGCUCGCCGACGGGCUGGUGACCGAGGAGGUCCUGGAGGCGGACAGCGAGAAGGACUCCAUAUCGGUGGAGUUCAAGCAAGGAGACGGCACCCUCGUCACCUUUGUGGUCGACUUCAAACAGGAAGUGAAGAUAUUCCGAUCACUAAUCCUGGGCGAGCUAGAAAGAGGACAGAACCAGUACCAGGCUUUGUGCUUCAUCUCUCGCCUCAGCCACAAUGAGAUCAUUCCCAGCGAGUCCAUGGCCCGCCUCAGACAGAAAAACCCUCAUGCCAUUCGGCUGGCGGAGGAGCGUCGAGGCCUGGAGCACCUUACCAUGAGCGCCUCGGUCAACGUGAGCCAGGCCUGGCAGCUGAGCGGACACAUACACAACAUGUGCAGUGAGGCCCACGAGGCCAUUUACACCACGGAGGCGGACGUCAAGCACUGGCUGGACAAAGGCGUGGAUGGUUCCAUUUUCGAGGCGCUGCCCCACAAUUCCAACGUGCCCCAAUUCCAGGCCUGUCACGCCACCAAGGACUUGUGGCAGCCGUGCUUGUGCACGUACGGCCUCCGUCUGGAGUGGUAUCCUUGCCUGCUUAAGUACUGCCGGAGCCGCGAUACCACGGGAAAGGGCUCCACCUACAAAUGUGGCAUCAAGAGUUGCAGCAAGGGCUACCACUUCAAUUACUACGUCCCCCAAAAACAGCUAUGCCUUUGGGACGAAGAGACCUAGUUUGACGUGUCUCUGGCUGUGCUAUUUACAGGAACACUGGAACGCAUCUUAUAUGAUAAUAAGUGGAACUGGAUCAGGUGGAGCUGUGGUGAGUUCCAGAUGUUGACCCUGGGAGAGAAAUUAGAUCUUUUGAAGGGGGAGGAGAUGGAAAAAAAUAAUCGUCAACGAUAAUGUGAUAUUUGCCUUCACUUUGGAGGGAAAAUUGUCGCCAGGGAUGACAUACCAGCAAAAGACGCUCAUUAACGAAGGAAAUCUUGUCUUCUCUAUCCACUGUGGAAAAACACUUUGCAUCCAGCUUCUCAGCAGUCUUAUAUGGGUUUUCCCCAAAGUAGGUCUCGAGUGAAUUUUUGGGGGUUAAUCACGCAAAAUUUUGAACAAACAAUUGAGCUUUUUUUUGGAAUAAGUUAAUAUCUGUUGUAUUUGUAACUGUUAACUUAUCAACAAUAUGUGAUGCUAUGGCAAUACACGUACUUUUGUGGGGGGCGACCCAGCUUUAGUCCAUUCUGGCUGACAAAAAAAAUGCUUGUCAAUGCUGGAUUUAUUUAUUUCACACUCACAGGGACAUGACCUGACUUAUUUUUUUAAUUAUUAUAAAUAGCUUUUCAAAAUGUUUUUGCUCGUCAUCAACCACAGGUCCUCAAAACACAACUAGAAGUAUUCAAACUAAUUCCGCAACGCUUUCAUUUGUGUCUUUUUUUUUUGUUUUCAGUCUUUUAAUAGGGGUCUUCUUUGGUUGGUUUGAACACAUCGUUAUGGGGUGUUAAUUCCAGGCGCUCACAUGUUGCCGCCUUAUUGUAAGAGUUUUAAGUUUGUCCAAAAGGAAGGUGUAAUGUUUCUGAGGGUAAAAAGAGGUUAUUCAAAAGGACGUUUUCCAAUGUUGGGACUCAUAUUCACUGACUGGAUUGUGGCCCAAGAAGUACCACCAUAUGGUUUUUCUUUUUUUUUUUUUUUUUUUUACACAAUCAUGUCCUUACAUCCUCUUCUAAUACAGUGACAUAAUAUUUAUGCAGCUCAAAUUCAUGCUCACUUAUUCAAACAGAACUUCUUGAACUCGUGGGACCAAACGGCAAUAGUUCAACUUUGUUUCAGAUGUGUAGCAAUAUCAUUUAUUAACAAAAGAGCCAAACUUUCCAAUUUCACUGAGCAAGUGCCUUAAUAUUUUUGCCUUUUCUACUGUUUGUGUGUGUAGAUCAGGGGUGGGCAAACAACUGCGAAAACACGAUCCGGCCUGUCAUACCACUCUGAAAUCCGAUCACACCUCCGAAGAACACUGCAGAAACGUUUAAUCCUCAAACUCUUACCAUAUACUGUACACUUUAGUACAAUAUACGUUUGCCUCACAAUUUUUCAACCAUUGAGGAUGGUGACAUUUUUUUUUAAAGGUUUCCCACCCCUGAUGUUACACAUGUUGAAAAUGUUUUCCUUAUUUUUCUAUGAAAGAGUUUUUAAUAUGAUAUGCAGAUUUGCUAUAUCAGUGGGAAAUCAAGCAGCUAGCGAAUGUGCCAUUAAAGAGUUGCAUUAUACAAG